AUGGGUAACAGGCACGAGGAAAUCCACGACGAUGCAUGCGGCACGGGUGAGAAAAACAAUACGAGAGGAUUCGCCAUCCGAGUCACCAGUCACACUCGCCACUAUUCACCCGCCUGUGUAUUCUUCUUUCCACCUUCCUCUCGGUGGGCCCCCAAGCGCCCUUUGGCCCUGAACUCUGUGGUCUUUCCCAACAUUUUCUGGAAGCGUGUGCCGACAGCGGAGGCCCAUCGGGGACUCCCAGUGAAGAAAGGGAAGGAAAACUUCGAUGAAGCGGACCAAGCUGUGAUUGCCGCUCGCAUCAGCCCCUUGGCGAGUGGUACGAGCAUCUGUAAGCCUCGCGGAUUGGCCAUGAUCACGCUGGAUGAAGUAUGCAGAGAGGUCACUCUGCCGCCUCAUACACACAGUCAUGCUGUUCGAUCUUGCGAGCAGAAUGGCAGCGGUAUGAUCAUUCAAGUUCUCACAUGGAUCGAGCUACUUCCGCAGUACGAUGUGGGCAUCGUCAACAUGGCAUCAGUAGUAGCUGCAAAUUGGUUCCAUCGCCUUGGUCUUCUGUCCUCAGACUUUGUUCAGAAGAGCUUGGACUGGGGACCGAUCGAGGCCCGUGUGUUGCUAUGGCCUGUGCUGCAGGUAAUCCGGAGUGACUCCAGCCCCUUAAAUGCAUGA